GGCCCGCUCCGGCUCAGAUUGGCGGCCGAAAUGGCCGAAGGCGGAGGGCGCCGGGGGCGGCAGGACACGGAAGCCCAGAAAGCCGAUUUGGGACUUUUGCUGCGGACGACCCUUCAGCGCGGGGCCGAAUGGUACCUGAUUGACAGUCGCUGGUUCAAACAAUGGAAGAAGUAUGUUGGCUAUGACAGUUGGGAUAUGUACCACGUGGGUGAACAAAACUUGUACCCUGGGCCCAUUGAUAAUUCUGGACUCUUUUCAGAUCCGGAAAAUCAGAUCUUAAAAGACCACCUGAUUGAUGAACUGGACUAUGUACUGGUUCCAGCCGAAGCUUGGAACAAAUUGGUCAACUGGUAUGGUUGCAUUGAAGGGCAACAACCUAUUGUCAGAAAAGUGGUGGAGCAUGGCUUGUUUGUCAAGCAUUGUAAAGUGGAGGUUUAUCUGCUGGAACUGAAGCUCUGUCAAAAUAGUGACCCUACCAAUUUGCUGAGUUGCCAGUUCAGCAAAGCGGACACCAUAGCCACAAUUGAGAAAGAAAUGCGGAGAUUGUUCAACAUUCCUGAUGACAAAGAAACCAGAUUAUGGAAUAAAUAUAUGAGUAAUACCUAUGAACAGCUCAAUAAGCCGGACAACACCAUACAAGAUGCUGGUCUUUAUCAGGGGCAGGUUCUGGUGAUUGAAUUACAAAAUGAAGAUGGUACUUGGCCCAGACAGACAAUUCAGUCAAAAUCAAGCACUACAACUAGCAAAAAUCUUACUACUACCUCUCCAAAGUCACCAACAACUUAUUCCCCCGAGUCUACUCCUCCCAUUACAAAUGGUGAUAGCAUUAAACCUUCUGGAGUGGUCAGUUCCAGUCUCAGCCGGGGAGGUUCUGACUUCUCCAAUUCCUACAAUUGCCUGGAUUCUGGUCCUCAUACCCAUCCUGGACUCUGUGGCCUCGGGAAUCUGGGCAACACCUGCUUCAUGAAUUCCGCUUUGCAGUGUUUAAGUAACAUCGCACCUUUGACCGAGUACUUUUUGAAUGAUAAAUAUGAGGCUGAAAUCAACCGCGACAAUCCUCUUGGAAUGAAAGGUGAAAUUGCUGAGGCUUUUGCACAGCUUAUUAAGCAGAUGUGGUCUGGGAGGAAUGCUCAAGUGGUCCCCCGCAUGUUCAAGACCCAAGUUGGCCGUUUUGCCCCUCAGUUUUCCGGCUACCAGCAACAAGACUCUCAGGAAUUAUUAGCUUUCCUUCUGGACGGACUACACGAGGAUCUGAACCGGGUGAAAAAGAAGCCGUAUUUAGAGCUACAAGAUGCCAACGGCCGGCCUGAUUUGGUAGUAGCAAAAGAAGCCUGGGAUAAUCACAGACUGCGGAAUGACUCUGUUAUAGUGGACACAUUUCAUGGUCUUUUCAAAUCCACACUGGUUUGCCCACAGUGUUCUAAAAUUUCAGUCACUUUUGAUCCAUUCUGUUAUUUAACUCUUCCGUUACCUUUGAAGAAAGAUCGCACUAUGGAAAUCUUCUUGGUUUCGGCAGAUCCACAUUGCAGGCCCACCCAGUACCGUGUGACUGUGCCAAUGAUGGGAUCAGUCUCUGACCUUUGUAGGUCUCUGUCGAAACUCUCUGGCGUCGCUAUUGAAAACAUGUUGGUCACUGAUGUAUACAAUCAUCGGUUCCACAAAAUCUUUCAGAUGAGUGACGGUUUAAAUCACAUCAUGCCUCGGGAUGAUAUCUUUGUAUAUGAAGUUUUCAGUUCAACAGAAGAUGGUUUUGAAUGUGUCACAUUCCCAGUUUACUUCAGAGAAAAGAAAAACAGACAAGCCAACACUUCUUCUGGGACAAUUCUGUAUGGUCAACCACUUAUAAUUUCUGCCCCAAAACACAAACUCACCCAUGACUACCUUUACCAGAUCAUCUGUGAGCGAAUCAGCCGCUACAUAAAGUAUCCUCUAAUGGAAGACUCUUCUAGUCAUCCCAUGGCCAGCGGAACCUGCAAUGGCUCCAGUGGAACUUUUGAAGUAGAAGAGAUGGAACACCAGAAUGAAGAUAGAGAGCCGCCUACAUCUACAGUGACUUGUUCAUUUGAAGGCCGUGUAGAGGAAAAAUUAGGAAACGAUCCUUCUAGAUAUAUCUCGAAGAAGAUUACAGGCCAGAUGUACAAAAAGAAACUUUUCAGCUUCAGCCUUGUGAAUUCUUAUGGAACCACCGACAUCAGCUCUCUAGCAGCGGAUGGAAAACUUCUGAAAUUGAAUUCUCGCUCCACCGUUGCCGUUGAUUGGGAUUCAGAAACCCGGUCUCUCUACUAUGAUGAACAGGAAUCUGAGGCCUAUGAAAAAGAUGGGAGUAUGCUUCAACCCCAGAAGAAGAAGAAAGCUCCAGUGGCCCUUAGAGAUUGUAUAGGCCUCUUUACUACCAUGGAAACACUUGGGGAGCAUGAUCCCUGGUAUUGUCCCUAUUGUAAGAAGCAUCAACAAGCCACCAAGAAGUUCGACCUCUGGUCCUUGCCAAAGAUCUUGGUGGUUCAUCUGAAACGUUUCUCAUAUAACAGAUACUGGAGAGAUAAACUUGAUACCCAAGUUGACUUUCCCAUAAGGAACCUGUGUAUGUCCGAAUUCAUUUGUGACCCUGCGGCAGGCCCUUACAUAUAUGACCUUAUUGCUGUGUCCAAUCAUUAUGGAGCCAUGGGAGUCGGCCACUAUACUGCAUAUGCAAAGAACAGACUGAAUGGCAAAUGGUACUACUUUGAUGAUAGCAAUGUAUCGUUGGCCUCCGAAGACCAAAUUGUGACGAAGGCAGCCUACGUGUUGUUUUACCAACGUCGCGACGUAGAGUUUUGCAGAGCACCCUCUUCGCUCCCAGGUUUUUCCGAGGAGACACUUAGCUUUCAACGGAACCGGGAGGAGGAAGGGGAGGAUGACCUGUGUAGCAUGGAUACCAACUAAAGCUGCCUGCAGACCAGCCACUUCCCUAGACUACACUGUUGGAAAUGCAUCUGGAACAACUCGACGUUCUUGCUGCCCAGAUGCACAAAUUGCCACCCGUGAGGGAAAGUACUGUUCUUUGGUUUUGGUUAUAGAUCAACAAAAGACCCAUGAAUGUUCAUCA